AGACAGCGUAGGGUUGGGCAGUCAACCAAGGUCCUUGGAAAGCACAACAAAGCACUUGUUCACAGACACAGAACCGUCUCUGCGCGUGGGACGGGACGAAAGAGAGAGCCACCACAACUGGAGCAGGUCACUAAUAAACAGGUUCAUUUCGUUGCUGAGUUUAUUUCAACCUCUCUGGUCUACAUCUUGACGGAUACAAAGUAAACUCGCAAAACGACGGCGUUUUCGGUACUGCGUUAAGCGCCAACAACCGUCAGUUUUUUUCUUUUACUUUCAGGUCCCUGCCAAUCUUUGAGAGAUGUUUGAGAAGCAGCGUUACGACAGCCCUCCCGUCUACAGUCCUCCAUACAGCCCGGAAUCCAAUGGCUACGGCCCCCCACAAAGCUACCACCCACCCAGGAGUGAGUUUGACCCAUACCCACCCCCACCGGGCUCCUACUACAUGGAAGAGAAGCCCCAACACUUCUACAAGUGGAUCUCUCCUCCUGGCAUCGUCAAGGCCAUGUUUGGCACAAUCAUAGUGCUCUGUGUGGGGAUCUUUGCCUGUGUGGCCUCCACCCUUGUCUGGGACAUGCAGUACGGGAUGGGGGGGAUGGGCUCCUACGGCGGAGGGAUGGGCUACGGUGGCGGUUAUGGGGGAAUGGGAGGCGGCUAUGGCUCCAGCUACGGCUCUGGCUAUGGAGGAGGCUAUGGAGGAGGCUAUGGUAACUAUGGUAGCUCCUAUCCGACACCUUACUCGGCCAAAACAACCAUGAUAGCUAUGGCGGCCAUCAACUUCUUUGUGGCGCUGGGAUUCUUCGUGGCCAGUUUCUCUAAAUCGACCACGUUCAGGAGCAGGAAGUUCUUCCUGGUGGUUCUGGUGGUCAGUGUCAUCAUGGCUGUCAUCCAGGGUAUCAUCACCAUUGUGUACGUCGUAGGGGUGAACCCUAUGGCACAGAGCUCUCAGAACAUGAUGUACAACCCUAUGCUGAUGAUGUGCCAGAACCUGUACGGAAGCAGCUAUUCUAAUAUGGGUGGAGUGGGUGGUUUCGGCAUGUAUAACCAGUACCUCUAUCACUACUGCUACGUGGACCCACAAGAGGGUGUAGCCAUGGUGUGUGGCUUCCUGGUUACCGCUGCCUUGGUCGUGGCUGCUUUCUUCUCCCACAAAACCAGAGGCAAGAUAUGGCGCUACGGCAAGCCAAACAUCUACUGGGAACAGCCCCCUGAGACUGGAGGACUAGUUUCUGAAGGCAGAGAUGUGAAGGACUGGGUGAACAAUGUAGAGGAUGGACAAAGUACCCAGGGUGCACCUACCGUGGUGCUGUCAGAGAAGUCCGUCCCCCUCAACGCCUCAGCCAAUAGCAUCAUCUCCUACCCGACCAAGGUUGACAGCAGGGUGUACACUGGAGACGCCUACAAUGAUGACGUGUAUUCGGAGCAUCUGGCUAUCCUUCCCUCGGACCAGCCCUCCCAGGGGGCAAGUUCCAGCCCCUCUGAGGAGGCAGGUGGGGUCAGGAAGCCCUCUGCCAACAGGGGGAAGAGGCGCCGGCGCAACCCUGAGCUAGAUGAAUCACAGUACGAAACAGAGUACACCACUGGAGGAGAAACUGGCAACGAACUGGACCCAGAGGAGUGGGAGAGCGUCUACCCAGAGAUAACGUCAGACGGCCAGCGUCAGGAGUACAAGAGGGAGUUUGAUGCCGACCUGAGGGAGUACAAACAUCUGUGUGCUGAGAUGGAUGACAUCAGUGACCAGAUGAACAAACUCAGCAGGCAGCUGGACACACUGGACGAGACCUCCGCCCAGUACCAGGUUGUGGCAGAGGAAUAUAAUCGACUGAAAGACCUUAAGAGGACACCAGACUACCAGGCUAAGAAGCUGGAGUGUCGCAAGUUGAGACACAAACUGUUCCAUAUCAAACGUGUGGUCAAGGCCUACGACAAGAGCCUUUCUUAAAGCCAAGCUCUCCCUCCAACCCUAUCCACCCCCUAUGUCGUCAUGACAACACCACACUCCUGGACUAAGAAUAUGCAGAACACUAAGAAUAUGCAAAACACUAAGAUUAUGUAGAAUGUUGAAAACCAAAGCUCCCUUCUUGGCAUUUACACACACACACACACACACAUUAAUGACAUGGUUAUGUGAUUCCUUCUGCCUCGAUUAAUUUCAGACCAGUUCUCCUCUCUAUGUGGAUUGCUUCACAGACACUAUCGUACACUGUGGGGUUGAAAGACUAUAUUCAUAAUACUUCACACGUAACACACAGCCCACUAGCACUGCCAUAUUCCUAACUGUGCCUAGUAAGUAACAUUGUUGUACAUGCUUGCCUUGAAACACGGCAGUCUAUUUGACUGAAUGGGUGUGGUUAUAAAAGGUUACUUCAAUGUCGUUUCACCUGAGGUCGUCUGUGAUAGAGGCAUUGGGCCUUUGCUGGUUCCUGUUUGCAUUGUUUUAUCUCCACAGAUAAGGCAGUAUCGUAGAAAAGGUCGAGUCACAUUGCUGAGUAUGCAUCAAACCUACUAGAACAAACCUGUGCUGUGUGCUUCAGGCACUCCACAAAAGAAAGCUAAAAUACCUGCUGUUUUCUCUUAAAAAGGACUGAAUUCCACCUUAUAUUAUGACAGUUGGAGGACCUGCAGUAUGUGAACACUCUCUGAGCUGCGUUCGUAAAUUCAUUCUGGUUAUCUACCCCGAUUUCAGAGCACUCUAGUCUUUGUGCCAGAGCGCAAAUAACUGACACCAGAUGAACAUGACUGGUGUCAGUUAACGUCGGUAAAAAAUAAAGAAAAAAAGCGUAAUUAAAUUGUUGCCAGCAGCACAGUUACAGUCACCAACGCACCAGGGUAACAUGAAAACAGCAUAACCAGCUCUGUCAGGGCGAGUCAAGUGAUCAGAGGGAGGUGUUCUCUCGUUUGUGUCUGGAAGUAGCUAGCAAGCUAGGCAACGUUAGUUUGGGAGCUUGACUGCCAUUGGGAGGUCAGAACGCACGGAACAACCGUAGUCCUCGGGCCACAGCGUCCAGUGCGCUUCUCUGAACGCUCCGACGAGAGCGAAACGCUCUGAAUAUACGAACUGACAACACCGCACUCUGAACCGUAGUCUGGCAUUCCAGAUUGAAUUUAGGAACUGACACUCUGACAACACCGCACUCUGAACGUACUCUGGCAUUCCAGAUUGCAUUUAGGAACUGACACUCUGACAACACCGCACUCUGAACGUACUCUGGCAUUCCAGAUUGCAUUUAGGAACUGACACUGACAACACCGCACUCUGAACGUAGUCUGGCAUUCCAGAUUGCAUUUAGGAACUGACACUGACAACACCGCACUCUGAACGUAGUCUGGCAUUCCAGAUUGCAUUUAGGAACUGACACUGACAACACCGCACUCUGAAUGUACUCUGGCAUUCCAGAUUGCAUUUACGAACUGACACUGACAACACCGCACUCUGAAUGUACUCGGGCAUUACAGAUUGCAUUUACGAACUGACACUGACAACACCGCACUCUGAAUGUACUCGGGCAUUACAGAUUGCAUUUACGAACUGACACUGACAACACCGCACUCUGAAUGUACUCGGGCAUUACAGAUUGCAUUUAGGAACUGACACUGACAACACCGCACUCUAAAUUUACUCAGGCAUUCCAGAUUGAAUUUACAAACUGAUACUCUGACAACACCGCACUCUGAAUGUACUCUGGCAUUACAGAUUGAAUUUACAAACUGAUACUCUGACAACACCGCACUCUGAAUGUACUCUGGCAUUCCAGAUUGAAUUUACAAACUGACACUCUGACAACACCGCACUCUAAAUUUACUCGGGCAUUACAGAUUGAAUUUAGGAACUGACACUCUGACAACACCACACUCUGAAUUUACUCGGGCAUUACAGAUUGAAUUUAGGAACUGACACUCUGUUGUGUAUUGCCAUGACAACCUCAAUGUUGUGUUGGAGAAAAGUCGGGCUAUGUUUGCAACAUUGUCAGUGAAAUUACUAUUGUACUGUGUCUGCAGAUAAUUUCCAAUAUCACCAUCUAGACUUCUUCUAAAUCUGUUGUCCAUUGUGAUUAACUGUAUAUUUUGUAUAUAUUUUGGAGUUAAACAGGAUUUAAAUGGUGAAGUAUUUACUAAUAACACAGGAUCAAGAGGAACAAAACGCUUUUGUAUUUGUCCUAUGCAUUCUUCAUGUUAGGAGCCGUCUGUCUGAAUUCCUGCCACGUUCACGCGCCAGUCAGAACUAGGAAACGCUGACAUUUCCCACUCGCUAACUGUUGAACGCGGCACGGCACGUCUGUAACUUCAAACAGUUAGCAAGUCGGACAUUUCUGAGUUUCCUAGUUCCGAUUAGUACAUGAACGCGGCAAUAUAGUGACAUUUUGGUCAUUGUGUACUUACUGAAGAGACAAAUGAACUGUUGUCCAGGGUGUUUUCUCAGUGGUCAUUCACAAUGCACUGAUGCUAUGCACAUAUUAAUUAACCAAUGACAGGGACAGUAUUUUAUGAACAAUGUUUGUCUCAUCAUGUGCUCUUUAAACACUGUGGGAAGCAUGCAUCAAUAUGGUAAAUGUAUCAAUAAGCUCAACUCGGUUUUGAUUGGAUUUUUCUGCUGUGAUAUAAUGAUUACCUGUUGAUUUAUUAUGUGUUGUUGUCACUGCUCUGCUAAUACACACCUUCUGCAAGGUAAUGCUUCUCAAUGUCAGUUAGAAAAUUAUUUACAGCUAUUUGGAUUAUUUGUUAUUCAUUUGUAUUUUCUAUGUUUGAAUUGAUGAGUUUUAUGGAGAACAGAUUUUUGUCUCCACCCCCCUCAUUUAUGACUCUUAUUUUUAUAUGAAUUUAUUUCCUUUCAUGUUACUGUAAAAUCUCUUGUAAAAAGGCAUAAUUUCUAAAACGUGUUGAUUGCCAUGAAAAAAAAUAAACUUCUGUAAUUCUUUAACAACGGUAAUGUAACAAA